AUCAAAAAGCCACAGUACGUGGUAGUGCAAUCGCGACAUUGGAAUGUUUAGCAAAUGCCACAGGACUCGAUCCCCUCAUAAAUUCUUUUGCAACUAGUCUGGCAACUGAUAAUCCUCUAUUGCGCAAAGAUCUACUUAGUUGGUUAUCUGAGCGUCUUAAGGAAGGCGAAGAAAAAGGAAAAAAAUCUUCACCUGACUUUAAACCGUUGGUUGUUCCAUUAUUGUCAUGCCUAGCCGAUCGUAAUGGAGAUGUGAGAAAAGCCGCGCAAGCUUGUUUAGGCCCCGUAGUCAACAACGCUGGUUAUGAUUUCGUAGUGACAAAAUGCGGAGAUCUCAAAGGUGCUGUGAAACAAUCAAUCAUGCCAAUGAUUGAAGCAGUGAGACCUGUUGGUGGAACUGGAGCUCAAAAUAAAAAACCUGGUCAAAAACCCCGCCCUGGUGCUGCUAAGCGUGAACCAUCUCCAGAAGAAGAUGACGAAGAGCCUGAGCCGCUUCCAUUACCCAGUCUUCGUCGUCCAACAGAUAAUCCUGUUGGUGCAACUGGAAUUCAAGGAAAGGAAAAUAAAAAACCUAGUCUAAAAUAUCGUUUUGGUGCACCUAUGUCCAAGCGUGAUCCAUCUCCAGAAGAUAGCGAAGUGCCUGAGUCGCUUCCAUUACCUUCAUUGCCUGGUCUUCGACGUCCAACUGUGAAUAACCAUGAAAAUUCGGUUGAACAUUUAAUUGAAAAGAUUGCAAGUCCUGACCCACAGCAAAGCAUUGAAGGCUUAAAAGAAGUGGAUAAAGAACUCAACGGAUCUCCAAACAAAGUUUUUGGGCAUGUUGACAAACUUGUGAAUGCUUUGACUCUUCAGAUUCGAUCGUCAUAUCCAUUAAUUGAACCACAAAAAAAUACAAUAAUACGCUUAUGCAAACAUUUAGUAAAUGCAUUAGUAUUACUCUUUUCCAAUAAAGAUUUGGCUUCUACAGUGUCACAAGAUUCACUUUAUACAUUACUUGAAGAACUGGUGAACCGUUUACUCGACAACAACAUUCAAAAUGUGGAUAAUCAACAUAAUCAACAUCUAUCGAAAGCAUUGAAUGUUGCAAUGGUCAAAGUAUUAGAAAAUAGUAAUCGAAAUGCAACUUAUAGUGCAUUAAUAUUGAUACUGGAAAGAGCAACAGUCGAUCUACGAGAUUUAUCAAGUUCCGAAGCCUCCGAUCGCAUAAAAUUUACUGAACUGAUAAUGAAAUGUCUCUGGAA